AGAACUGUCUACAUUUCAGAGAUAGAGUGUCGUGUGUUGCAUUUCGCCGGUCGUUAACGUAUAAUAUUGGUUAUAUUGUUGGAUGUAACGUUUAUUUCUGUUUAAUACCCCCUUAAGGUAACACUACUUCUCAUUUUACAGAUACCUAUCCAGCCAAUUAAAUAGAAAUUGUAUUUUCUGUUAAAGCGAAAUGCACACUGUGAUGGCGGACGCCCGUCUGAAGACGCUGCUGGUGCUGCUGGUGCUGUCGCUGUACGUGCGCGCCUCCAAGUACCAGGCCGAGACAGAGGACAACGACUUUGCCGACUUUGAGGAGUUUGACGACGACUUCGAGAGGCCGUACCAGGGCGCGUCGCCGGCGGACGGCGGGGGCGCGGCCGAGCCGGAGCGUGCCGCCGACGCGGGCCGCGCCGCCGCCGCCGACAGAGUGCAGCAGCACGACGGGGACGACGACGACGACGCACUGGUGGAGACGGAAGAUGAGUUUGAACAUUUCCAAGACGAGGAAGAGUUUGAAGGAUUUGAAUCAGCAUCGCCCAGCAGGGGCAGCAGCAAGGAGCAGCCGAAAAUCACCAUAGCCAAUGUGCCCGUACAUCGCUCCACCAAUUGGGACAAGUUCUACGUGGAGAUGCUGAUGAUUGCCGGUAUUGUGGUGUAUUUCAUCAACUUCGUGUCGGGCAAGACGCGCAACCAGAAGCUGGCCAACGCCUGGCUCAGCGCGCACAAAAACCUCCUGGAGAGCAACUUCUCCAUGGUCGGCGAUGACGGAAAGGCGGAGCCGGGCAGCGGCGCCGGCCUGCUCAAAGAGUCGGAGAACAUGUACACACUGUGGUGCAGCGGACGGGUCUGCUGCGAGGGAAUGCUCGUUCAGCUCAAGUUCCUCAAGCGGCAGGACCUGGUGUCGGUCAUCUCCACCAUGAUGAAGGCAGCCUCGGACCAGGUGGAGAUCAGGGUCACCAUGAACGCUGAGGAAAUGGAUACGUUCGUCUUCUGCCUGGCCAACAAAAAGUCGGCCGCGCGGCUGGCCAAAGAGAUGACCGAUAUUAGCACCUACUGCCCGGAGCGGAAGUCGGCCGAGCGGUUCGGCCUGCCGGCCCACUUCUCGGUCCUCUCGGAGAUCCACGAGGCGGCGGCGGCCGUGCUCGACGCGCGGGUGGUGGCCGUGGUUAACAAGUAUCCCGAGCUGGUCGAGUACAUCCACGUGUCCGAUCAGUACUCGGGGCCCAAACAGCAGCUGGACGAUCAGGCUCCCGUGGAGCUGCCCAAGGUGAAGCCCACGCUGGCGUUCUGCUUCAACCUGCCCGGCCGCGGCCGCCUGCAGCCGGCAGACGUCGAGACCGUCCGACCCCUGAUGCAGCUCGUUCUCUACAUGGUGGACCGCAUGAAACGCUGCAAGCUCGGCAGGGAGGGCCGUCUGAAGGCCGAGAAGAACCGUCUGCGCGUGCAGGAGAUUUUCCUGAAGCAGACGCACCAGUCUCGUGCCGAGAAGGCGCAGGCCAAGCGCGAAGAGAAGCGACGCCUCGAGAAGGAGCGCAUCCUGGAGGAGGAGGACCCGGAGAAGCAGCGCCGCCUCGAGGAGAAGAACGAGAAGCGCGAGGCCAAGCGGCGCGCCCAGAUGCGUCAGAUGAAGGUGAAGGCGCUGUGAGGGCCCCCGGCCCCGCCCCCGCCCCCGCCCCGCCGGGCGGCAGAGGCGCCACAGUCAUCGACAGGCAAGCAGACUAGCGGGCGCUGGCCAUUCAACCCCCAUCGACUCAUACAACCCAUCGACUCCGCGGCGUGCCGGGACGGGAACUCAUAUCUCAGCGGCCGGGCAUUUCGCAAAAUAUCGUGUGGAUAUCAUAUAUAUACCUAGUUAAAAAGUGGGUUGUUUGUUUGUUUUAGUUUGAUGAGGCCCCCGUGUUUGCCCGUGCAGAGUCGGCUGUUUGUUGUUUGUGGGCCGGUGUUUGUGUCUGUUUGUCUCGCCGGUGGUGACACGCGGGGCGGUGUGUGGUCGGGCCCGGUCCCCGUCUGUAUGUGUGGGUGUGCCGGUGUGGGCGUGUGAGGUGUGUGACGCACGGUGUGCUGUCUGGUUACUCCCGGUGUGGGUGCCGCCCCGUCCGGCACACCGUCCGGUCCAGCACUCGAUCCAGUCAGUGACAUAUGAACUGACUCCCUGGGAGCGGGGAUCACUGCGGCACGACGCGGGCGCUGCGGAGACGGGCGGAGAACGCAUUUUAAUGUGUCAGACGGCGCCAUAUUGAGUCAUUUUGUUACGACUAAAAAUGACGGCACUAGUCUUGGGAAACUUACUCAUGUGUCGUUAUCGGUAGCGCUUAUGUAUCCCCUAGUAAUAUUGGAUUAUUAUGUUUGAUUUUAUGUGGUAAAAUUUGUUUAUCGAUUGAAAUGAACUCUUCCAAAUACAAACUCGACAUCCGCCUGCGUGGCCCCUGGGCUGUGCGCUACUCGGCCUUGUUCAGGCGAUGAGUGGCGGGUGUUUGAGAUCAGGUGGU